AUGAAAACGCCAAACUUUGCCUGUCUCUUUGAUAUUGAUGGUGUUAUUACUAAAGGUCCAAACUUUAUUACUGUUGCUAAACCAGCAAUUCAAAAAUUGAUUCAACUCAAAGUACCUGUUGUAUUUCUCUCAAAUACAUGUAUGCUUGAAGCAGAUAAAGCUAAACAAUUAACAGCUGUACUUGGUAUUACUAUUCAUCCAGAACAAGUUGUUUUGGCUCAAACACCAAUGCGUUCAUUAACUGAAUAUCAUAAUAAACAUGUUUUAAUUUCUGGACAAGGUCCAAUUGAAGAAAUUGGUCGAACGCUUGGCUUCAAAAGUAUGACAACAAUUGAAAAAGUUUGCUCAGCAUUUCCAGAAUUGGAUAUGGUCAAUCAUAUGAAUCGAGCUCAGUUGAGUGAAAUGAUUAAAACCCAAGGUCUUGUUCGUGAUGAAAAUUUUCGUCCCAUUGAUGGUAUUGUUUUACUUGGUGAACCAGUACAAUGGGAAAGAUCAUUACAAGUUAUUACUGAUCUUCUUUUAACCGAUGGUAAUCCAGGUGCUAUACCAGAUGAUUCCGAUGCUGAUCGUGAUCAUAUACCAAUUAUUGCUUGUAAUAGAGAUCUUGUAUUCAAAGCUGCUGCUGAUUUACCACGUUUUGGUCAUGGUGCUUUUCUUACAUGUUUAGAAGCCUUAUAUAAAAAUUUAAGUGGAAAUGAACUUAAAUAUACAUCAUUUGUUGGUAAACCAUUUGAAAUAUCAUAUCAAUAUGCUGAAGCAGUAGCUAAUAAAAUUGCAUUAGCUAGUGGUCAAUCAAAAAUUGAAAAAAUUUAUUUCAUUGGAGAUAAUCCUGAUGUUGAUAUUGUUGGUGCAAAUAUGUAUAAUCAAUUAUUACAACAAGCAACAAUUUUGAAGAAAAGUAUUAGUGGUUACAGUUUACUUCCAGAAUCAAAAUUUUUAAGUGCAACUUCAUGUGAAUCUGUAUUAGUAUGCACAGGUGUUUACGAUCCAGCCAAACACAAACUUGAAGGAAAAAAUCAAUGGAAAGUACCAACAAAAAUUGAAAAUGAUGUUUUGGAUGCUAUUAAAUAUAUUCUUGCAAAAGAAGGUCGUCCAUGGACAGUUGGUUUUUAG